UAUUUUAGUGGUUAUAUUAUUGUCAACCUCAAUUAUUUUUUAGCACGUAUUUUUAGUUAAUUUAUUACAAUAUGCCACCAAAAAAAGGUGGUGCGAAAGCUGUUAAACCAGGAAAGAGCGACGACUCAGGCGAUAAAGGUUCGAAAGAGAAAAAAGGUGGUACAGCUGUGAAAGUAAGACACAUCCUUUGUGAAAAACAAGGCAAAUGUUUGGAAGCUUUAGAGAAGUUGAAAGCAGGGCAAAAAUUUCCAGAAGUAGCUGCAGCCUACAGCGAAGACAAGGCACGUUCUGGUGGGGAUUUGGGAUGGAUGACGAGAGGGUCUAUGGUAGGACCUUUUCAGGAUGCUGCAUUCGCAUUACCCAUAUCUACUGUUAACAAUCCUGUUUAUACCGAUCCUCCAGUUAAAACGAAGUUUGGAUAUCACAUAAUUAUGGUGGAAGGCAAAAAAUGAUAGUUUCUGUUUUCAUGUUAUUUUUUUUUAAGGCGUUAUAAAUAUAAUUUUGUUUAAUUUUAUAAACAGUUGAUUGGGUGUGUCAUGUACAUUAUUACGAUAGUACUGGUAAAACAACAUAUUCCAAGUAA